AACAAACUUGGGUUGCAGUAGAUAAGGAAUCGAAAUCAGGCUGACUAAUUAAAAAUAGGAAAUCAUGACAAAGUGUGUGUUAAGAUGUGCAACUCUGUCGGUGUUCUGGGUAGUUAUGUGCCUUGAACGAAGAAACGCAUUUCUUUUCAGUGAAAUAGAAACAGUUUAAUGCACAUUUUUUUAGAGAGCAGAUUUCGACAGGAGAAGACAUGAAGAUCUUGAUGUCACUGACAGCUGUCACGGUGGUCAUAUGGUUUAUGGAUUACACUUUAGGUGAAAUAUUGAUAAUAUGUAUAUUAAAAUUACACUUUUUAAAUGUUUUGUUUUGUUUUGUACUGAUGAAGGCAUUUGCCGAAACGUCUACAUUGUUUUGUAAAAUCACCAUUCAAGCUGAACCUAGAUUGAAUUAUUGUCACAUAUUGUUUGUGUCUGAUUAGUGAACUAUUAAUAAUAUCUUUUUAAGGUUGCAAAUGAUUCUCACAAUGAAUAAAAGUUGGACAAUUAGGAAGAAUAAACUAGUUCACAAUUAAAGUAAUGCGUUAAUAAUUUCAAGUUAUUUCAUUGCGUGAACUUUAGCGAAUCAAAUAAAAGUUAUUGUAAAAGUUGUUGUAACUAAUUAGUGUAUCUAAGUCGAUGCUACUUUCUUGGCUUCAAUAGCUUAAAAAAAAAUAUUUCACUGACUUACUUUUCUGGGGGUUUUAGGUAACGAAUUGUGGAAGUCGAUAACUUUGUAUCAAUAGAGAAGUUUAGAUGUCAGUGGUUGCAUGAAAUUUUGAUUGAUUUAAUUGUUAUCAAACACCCGUGUUUAUGAUUAAUUUCAACUAAGUCAUAGGACAGUGAAUGUAGAUUAUAGGACAAUGAGAUGUUGGUCAAAGAACAAUUAGAUUUUCGCCAUAGGACAAUUAGAUAUUGUCAUAGGACAAUUAAAUGGUGGUCAUAUUAUACUUAGAUAUUGGUCAUAGGAUAGCUAGAUGUUGGCUAUAGGACAAUUAGAUGCUUGUCCUAGUAAAAUUAGAUUUUGGUCCUAGGACAAUUAGUAGUUGGUCAUAAGACAAUGAGAUGAUGGUCAUAGGAUGUGUAUAUAUUUUCAUAGGGAAAUUAAAUAUUGGUUAUAGGAAACUUAGAUAUUGGUCAUAGGACAAUUAGAUAUUGGUCAUAAGAUAAUUAGAUGUUCGUUAUAGGACAAUUAGAUGGUGUCAUUGGACACUACGAUAUGGGUCAUAGGAAAUUAAAUGUUGGUUAUGUGAUAGUUAGUAGCUGGUCAUAUGACGAUUAGAUGUUUGUCAUAGGACAAUUAGAUGUUUUGUCAUGGGAUAAUUAUGAAUUGGUAAAAAGGCAGUUACAUGUUUAUCCUAGGACAAUUAGAUGUUGAUUCUAGGACAAAUAGUUGUUGAUCGUAGGACAAUUAGAUGUUAGUCAAAAAGUGUCGUCCUAAUCGGUCAAACGUUGAACUACUGCGACCACGAAUUUAUUAGCAGUAGUAAACAUGUGGGUCUAAAGUCUAAAGUGACGGGAACUUGUUGAGAAAAGAUAUUAGUACAUUUAUCCAUUCUUCAAAUUUGUUUUUACAAAAGUGAUAGUUUAAAAUAAAAGUAAAUCUGUUAUGUAAAUAUAUCUGUCUUCAAGUCUCCUAACACUCAUACCUAUAAUUUAGAUGUUUAAUGUACAUUUAAAUAAACAGUGAGGUACUGCCAUGUGCAUCUAAAUAAAAUAAUUUUAAUUUUUUUUUUUUUUUUUUUUUUUGCCUUUUUAUUGAUUUUUUAAUUCAACCCUUAAAAAAUCUUACCCAUCCUAACCAACACGCUGACAGUCAGAUGCGCCAUCAAAAACGGAACACUACCGGGUAAACGGCAGCUCCAUGGAGGGCUGGACCAAUCGACGACAGAACUGAGGACGACGCCCCCGGCCGGACAGGCCGAUGUGGUUCACGUGGUUUCCAUUAUCAUUCGGAAACUGAACUCGCUGACCAUGCAGAACGAGGCUGUGGCCAACGUGACGCCGUACGACACUGCUGUCGCCGAAGGUCCGUUCGUUAACGUGGUGACGGUGGAGGGCAGCACCGAAGCGUCUCCGGCAACUGACGAACAGGCGUAUCUGCAGGUCGUUUGGGAAAACCCCCUGGAAGACCAAGGCGGAAGUUACAGCUGCGAGGCCAUGACCCUUACAGCAGACAGGCACCCGACGUCGCUGAGCAAAACUUUUGAGAUCUCCGUCACCGAGCCGUCCAUUUCGGACCUGGUCAAGUAUGUUGCCGCUCACGAAAGGACCAUCGCGGACCACAAGAAGUACAUAGCCGACCUUGAACGUGAGAAUGAAGAGUUGAAAGCCGGCGUUCAAAAUCUCAAGCUGAAAGUCAGCAUGCAAAUCAAUGAGAGUCUUACACUGCGAGGAGAAUUCGACAAUUUUCACUCUAACUUUUCCAAUCAGACCACGGAGCUCAGUCGACGGAUGGACAACGCGAAGGCACAGAACAUCCAAUCAGGUUUCGACAUUUGUAAGAAUCAGUACAUCCGGUUCCGCACAUCGUACAAGGUCAAACCGACCGUGCUCACCACUUUUGUACGACUCGGUUUCACGGUGAGCACAGACGUGAGCAGGGAUGACCCUUACAUCUUCCAGGUGAACACCGAACUGGUGACGGAGACCGGGUUCAACGUCAGUUGUAUCAGCACCGGCAGCAGCACGAUCGCCGAUUUCAUGUGGCUGGCCAUGGACAAUUAGACAUUUGAACAACAUCCGACCGUGGAGUGACCAUGUUUAGAUGGAGUGAUAGUCGAGAAUGGAAAAAUAAUAUGCUUCAAAUAAAUAAUAAAGUUUAUUACAAGUGUUCAUGAACGCAAUAAAACAAGUUUCUUUA